AUGCUGUCCAAACUGUUACUGCUGUCUAUAAUUCCAUUUGUUCUAGGUGCACCGACCUUAGCUGAGGCUCCGUCUGCUGCAACGUCGUCUGCUCCAGGUGGCAAUGUUAGCACUACUGCAGCUAGUUCAUAUUCGCCGGUGACAACCUCAUACAAUUCAUCAUCAGCUUCUGCUACGCUAAACUCCACCACAUCUUCCGCUCCCGCCAGCACCUCAGGCGUGUCUACAACUGUUUUCCCUGCAACAGAUCCUUUGAACCCUCCUUCUGUUAACAGUGAUCCACAAGUCGUGCCCGAUUUUGCCCCUGCAUGGGCUACUGCCUACCAAAAAGCCAAGGCCCUUAUAUCGGAUUAUACCAUCGAGGAAAAAGUCAACAUCACCACGGGCGUCGGUUGGGCGAAUGGGUUGUGCGUUGGCAAUAUCCCACCCAAUAAAAACUUCCCCGGUUUAUGUCUUGAGGAUUCGCCUCUCGCUGUCCGUUUUGCCGACUACGCAACUGCGUUCCCAGCUGGCAUUCAGGUAGCGUCUACUUGGAAUCGCCCUCUGAUGCGUGCUCGUGGCCUGGCUUUGGGUCAGGAAUUCAAGGGCAAGGGCGUCAACAUUGCCCUUGGUCCCAUGAUGAACAUGGGUCGUGUCGCUCAGGGCGGCCGUAACUGGGAGGGUUUCGGUGCAGACCCUUUCCUGACUGGCGAAUCUGCAUAUGAGACGAUUUUAGGCCUGCAAAAUGCUGGAGUACAAGCCACUGCUAAACACUUUAUCAACAAUGAGCAGGAGCACUUCCGCACUUCAGAAUCUUCAAAUGUCGAUGACCGGACUCAACAUGAGAUUUACGCGCACCCAUUCUUGCGUAGCGUCAUGGCUGGCGUUUCAUCCGUCAUGUGCAGUUACAAUCUCAUCAACGAAACUUACGCUUGCAACAACGACAAGAUGCUCAAUGAUAUCUUGAAGCGGGAGUACGGUUUCCAAGGCUUCGUUCAAUCUGACUGGUCGGCGACGAUGUCAACGUUGUCUGCUGUUGCAGGGCUUGACAUGACUAUGCCCGGCGAUAUCACCUUUGACUCUGGCGACUCUUACUUCGGCGGCAACCUCACGGACUAUGUUAACGACGGCUACAUCAGCAUGGCUCGCUUGGACGACAUGGCGACGCGUAUCAUCGCUGGUUGGUACUUCCUUCACCAGGACGAGGGCUACCCUGCAACGAACUUCAAUGCGUUCAAUCCGAACGACGAAGCGACCAACCAGCAUGUGAACGUGCAGGCUGACCACUAUACGCUUGUGAGGGAGAUUGGCGCAGCUGGAACGGUCCUUUUGAAAAACACAAACGGCACCCUGCCGUUGAACAAGCCGAGGAACCUGGUAUUGAUCGGAAGUGAUGCGGGUCCAGGCAACUCCGGCCCGAACGAAUUCGCAGAUCAAGGUGGAAGUGAUGGGAUUCUGGCCAUGGGCUGGGGAUCUGGGACUGGUAACUUCCCUUACCUUAUCUCGCCUCUUGAGGGUAUUCAGGAGCGUGCUCGUCAGGAUGGUAGCAGCGUGUUCUGGGACUUUGACGACUGGAACACCGCUCUGGCUGGUAGUAUGGCGUAUGGCGAGGCCGUCGCUCUCGUUUUCACCAACUCCGACUCUGGCGAGGAUUACAUUACUGUCGAUGGCAACCAGGGAGAUCGCAACAACCUCACUGCUUGGCACAAUGGUGAUGACCUCAUCCUCGCUGUCGCUGCGCAGAACAACAAUACCGUAGUUGUCGUGAACAGUGUCGGCCCACUCAUUAUAGAGCCUUGGAUCGAGCACCCUAACAUCACCGCUGUCGUCUGGGCCGGCAUCCAAGGCCAGGAGGCGGGCAACGCUAUCGCUGACGUACUUUAUGGCGCAUACAACCCCUCAGGAAGACUCCCGUAUACUAUUGCUAAGGAUAUAACCGAUUAUCCUACACAACUCAUCACCGAUGAUUCGGGAGACGAAAUUGUUACCAUUGAUUACACAGAGGGGUUGUUCAUCGAUUAUCGCCACUUUGAUCAAGCAAACAUCACGCCGCGCUUCGAGUUUGGCUUCGGCUUAAGUUACACCACGUUCACGUACUCCGAGCUUUGCGUGACUCCGAUUCAGUCAUCGGACACUGAUCAGGCGGAUUUGAUCACUGCUUGGGAGAACGGGGAGGCUUCGCCCAUCGCUGAAGGGUCUUCUACUGCACUUUGGCUCCAUGAGCCUGCAUUCCAGGUAACUUUCAAGGUCACGAACACUGGACCUGUAUCUGGGAUGGAGAUUCCUCAGCUUUACAUUCAUUUCCCGUCUUCCGCUAGUGAGCCUCCGUCAGUCCUAAAGGGCUUCACGAACAUCGAAGUCUCGCCGUCCAGCACAGAACAAGCCUCGAUCACGCUCUCGCGCUAUGACCUGUCUAUCUGGGACGUCGUUGCUCAGGGGUGGCGCAAGCCUGAUGGCCAGAUCUCGUUCUCGAUCGGUGCGAGCAGUAGGGACUUUAGGCUGCAAGGCGAUAUUCCUACUUGA